CUUCUGCGUGUGGCUUCGGCCAAAAGUGAGAGAAGUCUGAGGACGUCUGAGCUGAGCGGGGACUGAGGGCCAGAGCAGGCCGCGCUGAUCCGGGACGCGCAUCGGCCACUUUCAGGCUUGCGAGUUGCGCGAUUGACCGUGGAGUGACCGCAGCACUUACUGCUCGAGUCUUCGUCCUGCGUGUGGUGACGCACUGAGUAAAGCUGUUGUGGAUUUACUGAAGGACCCAGGUGGAGGAAGAAAGUUUUUUCCCCCUUCUUGUUGUUCUUUUCCCGGAUGAUCAGAGUGCGCGUUUUCCUCAGGGAUGUUGCAGAAUCCACGAAUGAGUGAGAAGAGCUCUUCUGCUGGAGCGUAAAGCGUUUUGGUUCGCCUUCUCCGUGGAUUGGGUAUCUGCUUCUCUCUCUCUCUCUCUCUCUCUCUCUCUCUCUCUCUCUCUCUCUCUCCUUCAGAUGGCGUCGUAGAAGUAGAACCCCCCCUCUCUCUCCAAACAUACACAAAGAAAAGUCAGCAGUUCUGGAUAAAACUCCUUCCAAACUGAACUCUUUUCCAGUCUGGGUGAAAGCAAGUGGACACUGACCAUCGCCCCUGAAGACGGACUUCCACUCGUUGCCUUUCACUGAAAGGAAUGCUGAGCGUAAGGGCCUGGAAGGAUGCUGUCUCUGAAGGGCACUUUAGCAGCUGGGGCUUUGCUUUUGCUUCUACUCUUCUGUCCUGCGUUUGGUCAAGAACUCAAUCCAAAGGGCAGGAAUGUGUGUAGAGUGCCUGGGACACCAGCGUUUGUGUGCUGCAGUGGUUGGGGACAGCAAGGAGAUGAGUGUUUAACACCUCUCUGUGAGGGCAAUUUCACCUGCAAGGAGAAUGAGGUGUGCGUCCGGCCAAAUGAAUGCCGCUGUCGUCAUGGAUAUUUCGGAGCCAGCUGUGACACCAAGUGUCCUCCACAAUUCUGGGGUCCUGACUGCAAGGGCAAAUGCACAUGCCACCCCAACGGAAAGUGUGACGACGUGACGGGCAAGUGCACGUGCCACCCCAACCGCUGGGGUGAGAACUGCGAGAAAGCAUGCCCCUGCCAGAAAGGCAAGUGUGACCAGGAGACGGGCAAGUGCACGUGCCACACGGGCUUCUGGGGGCCGCACUGCAGCAACAACUGCUACUGCAGCAUCAACUCAGUGUGUGACCAGAGCGCAGGUCGCUGCAUCUGCAGCCCCGGCUGGUACGGGCGCAACUGCGGAGCUCAGUGCAGCUGUAACAGCUCGCCAUGUGAGCAGUUCACCGGCCGGUGCCAGUGCCGAGAGAGGCUGUGGGGGGCCAACUGCGAACGUUACUGCCAGUGUGCCCACGGGAAGUGCAACCAGGCAGACGGAUCGUGCACCUGCAAGCCGGGCUACAGGGGCAAGUUCUGCAGGGAGCCGUGCCCGGCCGGGUUCUACGGUCAGAACUGCAGGAACAAGUGUGGUCACUGUAAGGGUCAGCAGCCGUGUAAGGUCACGGAAGGACGUUGUGUUACCUGUGAGAGAGGCUGGAACGGCACCAAAUGUGACCAGAUGUGUGCUCCGGGCUUUUUUGGGGAGAACUGCAAAGAGGAGUGUCCACCAUGCAAAGACGGUCACUACUGUGACCGCAUCAACGGGAAGUGCUCUCACUGCAAUCCUGGCUGGAUCGGAGAUCGCUGUGAGGUUCGCUGUCCCAAUGGCACUUAUGGGGAUAACUGUGCGAAUGACUGCAGCCACUGCUUUAAUGGCGACUGCCACUUCGCUACAGGAGAGUGCUUGUGUGAUCCAGGCUUUUACGGGACCUAUUGCAAUCUGACCUGUGAGUUUGGCCAGUUUGGGGUGAACUGCGCAGAGACCUGCCUAUGCCACGAUAAAAACUGCAACCCAGUGUCUGGAGAAUGCAAUCUAUAUCCUAACCAGCGGAUGGGUGUGAUAGCUGCUGGGACGCUGGUAUCCUUUCUGCUGCUCAUCCUCCUCUCUCUGCUCUGCUGCUGCUUCCUCUGCAGCAACAAAAACCACAAUAGUCCAGACCAGGACAGCUCUACUAACAGUAAGAAGGCCAAGAGAAUUCUCUGUGGACGAUUUAGCCGAAUCAGCACCAAGCUACCCAGAAUCCCCCUCCGGAGACAGAAGCUGCCCAAGGUUGUUGUAGCCCACCACGACCCCGAGAACACCUUCAACUGCAGUUUCAUUGAGCCCCCCUCUGUCGCUGAGCAGCCGACCCCUUCCUGGUCCUCCCAGGAGUCCUUCUCCUCCUUCGAGACAAGCGAGGACGGCCCUGUUUACUGCGUACCCCAUGAAGAUACCAUAAAUGAGGGCAAUGUGAAGCUCAGUCCCAGUGCCACUCCAGAGAAUACUAUGUCUGUUACUGAGGAGGAUGCUGGAGAAUACACGUCUCUCAAAGACACAAGAGCAGCCACGAAGCAACCUGCCAAUGAUGGGAGCGAGCAACCUUUGCUGAAGUCUUCAGAUAGCGAGGGCUCCACCAGUGGGUCAGAGACAGCUAUGGGGGCUCUUUAUGCCCGAAUCGCUCGCCUUUCCAAGCAUUCCAAAGAGGAGGAGGACAGCGCAGCUGAAGCCAAAGCCAAUGACAAGGCCCCAUCUCCAGAGAGGACCAAACCACGCCCACCAGACCCCUCUACCAAGCCCAAAGUGUCUUGGAUCCAUGGAACAUCUGGAUCCAACCAAUCAGAGAAAGGCCAGGCGCCUUCCCCACCCAAAGAAAAGAAAAGAAGCUCUGCUGAAGGCUCUGGAAAGGACGAGGAUAAGCAGCGAUCGAAGGAGAAGUCAAGCAAGAAAGGUGAGCAGAAGAACGCAGACGCUAAGAAGGGCGAUGGAAACGAAUCACCAAGCAAGACCAAAGCCCACAAAGCUUCAGACCCCAUUGAGCACAUCAAUGGAGCAGUUCAGAAUGCCUUAAAGAAGAUCGGGAAUUUCCAUUCUGAGAGGAAAGGGGGUGACACUACCAAAGAGCCGCCCAAAAGCCCAAAGAUCAUGCCCCCUCAUAUGAACUCUGAGGCAGCUACUCUUCUGGCUGCUCAGCUGAAGGAGAAGACCCAGAGCCUGAACCGUAAUGAAGGUCUCUCAGUUGGUAUCAAACCAAAUGGAGUGUCCACCCCACAGGCCAACCGGGAGAAGCCCACGCCACCCCAGAAGGCCAAGCGCUCAGUAACUGGACCCAACAAAGCCCUUCUACCCACCUCUACUAACCUUCAGAAGAUGGUGGCUCCUAUAACAGACUCCACUACCCCUGAGCCCAAAAGCCCAGAAAAGCAGGCCUUAAAUGGGACCAAAGUAGGAGAUGCAGGAGACCCGACGCCAAAGAAAACGCCCAUUAAAAAACCACCCAGGAAGAAAGGCAAGGAGGGAACAGCAGAGACAGAAGCUAAAGCCACUCCAAAGACGGCCAUUAUGCCACCUCAGUUUGUCAAAUAGAUGCAGUGUUCCGAAAUUACUGGCAUGAACAUGCAGUGCCUGCCGGUAGUGAAUAAAAGAGUUCACAUAAUACUUUCUUGUUUCUUGCUCAUGAUAAAGAAACAAUGAGCUGCAUACCGGAUUUAUUCCUCUGAAGGAUUUGUAUGUUUUUUUUUCUAUUUUUUUGAAGUCCAGGACGAGCUUGGAGAAGGAACAGUCACUGGUUAACAUGUCGUGCCUUGAAAGUUUUACAGUUUGUACAGUUGUGAAAGGAAUUCAGCAGUAUUAUAGUUCUAAAUGGAUUUAAAGUAAUGUAAUAAGCUUAUUUUAUAUUCCAGCAUUCCUGCAAUUACCAAAGUACAUACAUCAUUAUUCCAGGUCAUCCUGUGUUCUAACAUUAUGACCAAACAAAAGCCCUUUUUCUGCCUAUCAGGUCACCAAUGUUAGGAUUUCUCUCAUCGUGAAUAGAAAGGUACUAUGGUUAAUCAUAGUGGUGUAAGGCAAACAGUUCCCACCACUGUCAUACACUUUGCAGAUGCUGUCAUUCCAUAACAAUGCUCUGUUUAUAUGCACAUAUUUCUCACAACCUAUUGAGCCCCUAUGGUGCAGUGUGCAAUUAAAUCAGAAUAGCCUUGCAGAGGCUGAAGUUUUUAAACAUAAACGUGACCCAAGACGACACUUGUCACCAAACAUGCACUAAUUGGCUUUUAUCAGGUUAGCAACUCAUGAGUCAGUGGUUUUCUCUCAGUUUCCAGUUUAGAAUCUGUGUUGGUUUGUUACAGUAAUAUGUGCUCUGUCAAAUCGUGGAGAGUGCAGUGUUCCUUUGCAGUGAAUGGAGGUCCUGCAGAUGUUUAGACACAUUGAUUUUAGCUGCUUCUUAGCAAUUAUUUCAAAAUUGCUUGGUGAAGAGACUUUUAACUGUAAUCACUGUGUCUAGACUAGGGGUGUACAAAUGCAUCUGGCACUUUUGGAACAUUAGAAUAGAUUUUAAUCGUAUUCAUUGAAGUCGGCACUCGUCCUUUAGCCAGAAACACGAUUCUCAGACUAGUCAAACAUAAUCUAACAUAACAAUCCGUGAAAAAAACGUUGACGAUCACCAAGUCGCAUUUGUUUGCAGGGCUGAGUGACGUUACAAAUACCCUGACUUUGAUAGCAAUUCCUGCAUGAUACUUUUCUUUAUAACUUCGUUAACACGUUAACAAGUUAAAUUCAAUUAAAUAUCUAAUUAAUUGACCAUAAUCUUCUUUAACUCUAAACCUGGACCUAAUCCCUACCCUAACCUCAACCCAAAACCUAAACACAACUAUCACCCUGGUCCCCAUCACUGUGUAGAAUCAACUGAGUUUCAACAGAUUGUUAACAAUUUAAACAUCUGUAAAUAAUCUAUAGGGGACUACGGUGGACUAUCCAAAUAAAGUGAGAUCAUAAACAAAAACCUGUGUAUAAAAACAUUAUGGGACCUGUGUACAUACAGUACAUCGGCUGGAACAGUGUCAAAUAUACCUUGAUGUGACCACGGUAUGUGCUUACAAUGCACCAACUGCAGCUUAUCAUGCAAACUGUUCAUAGCCCCGCCCACUAACUGCUCACCUGUGGAGUGUCAGGUUUAAAAGGUGCAAUGAAAUAAUGCAGUUGGCAACAUGCAACAUGCGAGCCGCGAACCAAAGUUCCAUGCAACUCUUUUACUGCCCUGUUGCGGCGCUGCAACAGGAUUCGAUUUUUAGGUAAAAAACUAAAAAAUCUUUGCAGCAAAAUUAAGCUCUGCUGAUCAUUAUAACACAGUUAUAUGAAUUAUGAAUUGCCUUAAAUGUUGGGAGUUAAUUUAGCUUAUAACUGCUAAUUCACACUUUAACCCUGAAGGUUGGUGUGCAGACUGCUGGUCACCAUAGCAACAGUCUAGUAGCUAAUGACAAGGCAAAGAGAUUUAGGACAAACAUUGAUAAUUCAGAGACGAAAACACUAAAAGGUCACCAUUUAAAGUGGAGCUGGAGUAUUCGAACAAGAAGCUGCAAAUGAGAAGCUGAUUUCAGCCUCAUAAAAAAGUCAAACAUU